CGAGAGCAGACAAGAUAUAUACGACAUGAGAUAAGAAGGUAGCUGAGAUUCGGUAUCUUAUUAAUAGUGACGGCCAGUGUCAAGAGGGCGAUGUGUUCCAGCUUCGUAGUUCCCGCUCCUGCAUAAUCCAGAUCCUCUAUUGCUUGACUCUCAUAAUCAGAUUAUGUCAUUAUGUGUCUCACGGGGAUACAUUAUCCCCCGUAAGCACCCGACCCGAUGUCCCGAUAGCGCGCGGGGCCGUUCCGGGUUUCCCACGGAGGUACUGCCUGGCAGCACAUCUUGGAGGCUGUCAUAAUAUCUCUCUGAACGAUUACCCAUGAUGCGAAAAGAUUUGUAAGCCUGCUCAGAGGAUAUAAACGCUGGAGCUUUACGAUUCUGCUUCUCGAAGUCGGCAUUUCAGGGAUUCAGAAACCAUAACUUUCCGCAGUCACCACUCAUAGCGCUUUACACUACUGAACACGACCGGCUUCAAGAUGGCUCCGAGAAUACUUUGGAUUGGCCUGGGCAACAUGGGCCGGGGCAUGUGCAAGAACCUCGUCGAGAAGGGGAACUUGGAUCAACCACUCAUGCUCUAUAACCGGACCAAGCAGCGGUCAGUUGAUCUCAGCCAGAAGCUGACUCCCGGCAAGAGCGAGGUGGUUGAGUCAGUUGAGGCCGGGGUUUCAAAGGCCGACAUCAUCUUCCUCACCCUCUCCGACGACCAAGUCGUCGAGUCAACCGUAGCAGAGGCGAUCAAGUCGGACGUAAAGGGCAAGCUGUUCGUCGACUCUUCCACAAUUCACCCGGAGACCACUGAGAGGGUCGCAAAGGCUAUCCUCGGGGCAGGCGCCGACUUCGUUGCCGCGCCCGUCUUCGGAGCCCCCGCCAUGGCGGACGCGGGCCAGCUUAUCGGCGUCCUAGCCGGGCCCAGGGCGGCGGUUAGCAAGGCCAAGCCCUACUACACAGGGGUCAUGGCAAAGGCCGAGGUCGACAUGAGCGGCGAGCCGUACUCCAAGGCAUCCACGCUCAAGAUCAUCGGCAACACCUUCAUCCUCAACAUGGUCGAGCAGCUUGCCGAGGGCCACGUGCUGGCCGAGAAGAGCGGCCUGGGCACCAAGUACCUGCACGAGAUGAUCGGGAACCUGUUUCCCGGCCCGUACACCGCCUACUCCACCAGGAUGUUGAGCGGCGACUACCACCAGAGAGAGGAGCCGCUCUUCGCGGUGGACCUCGCGAGGAAGGAUGCGCGGCACGCGAUGGACUUGGCCAAGGCCGCGGGUACGAGGAUGAGGAAUGUCGAGACUGGUGACAGCCACCUGGCCGCUCUUAAGGAGCACGCGGGCGAGAAGGGAGACAUUGCUGCUAUCUACGGUGCUGUGAGGAAGGAGGCAGGGUUGAAGUUUGAGAAUGAUGCUUGAGUUUGAGGACGGAUUGGCGUAUACCUAGGUGUCUACCUAGCUCCCGAGAUAGUUAAUAUUGAGAAAUUGAGGAAGUAGAUGACCUGGA